GCAACAUCAAAAGUUGGAUUUAUCUCUUUACAACGAUUUCAUUGCGAUCAAAAUGUUUUUACUUAGAGGUCUAAAAUCAUCGAUUAUAAUAGCGCCAUGGCGUAGUGCAGUGCGUACUCUAAAAGUGGCAGUGGUUGGCGCCGGAGGAGGAAUUGGCCAACCGCUGUCGCUGCUCAUCCGUCGAUGUCCUGGAGUCGAUGAACUGGCUCUACAUGACCUCUCCGAGACGAAGGGAAUCGCUGCGGAUCUGUCGCAUGUCAGUCAGAGGGGAAAGGUUGUAGGUUUUACCGGCGAGGAGGGACUGGAACCAGCUCUAACUGCAGCGGAUGUCGUGGUUGUGGCCGCUGGAAUGCCACGCCUGCCGGGAAUGCAAAGGGAUGACCUGAUGGCCGCCAAUGGCCGUGUGGCAAUCAAGGUCGCAACUGCUGUUAGUAAGGCCUCUCCAGGAGCUCUCCUGGCCUUCAUCACCAAUCCCAUCAACAUGAUUGUGCCCACGGCGGCGGCGGUCCUUAAGGCCCAUGGAAACUAUGAUCCCCGUCGGCUUUUUGGUGUCACCACUUUGGAUGUGGUGCGCUCGAAAAAGUUCAUUGGCGAUUCUAUGAAUAUAUCUCCGGAUGAAGUAACUAUCCCUGUGAUUGGUGGCCAUGCAGGGAUCACGAUUCUGCCGCUCAUCUCGCAGUGUCAGCCGGUAUUCAAAGGUGGUUCCAAGGAGACCCAGAGUCUCACCCAUCGCAUCCAGGAGGCGGGCACCGAGGUGGUCAAUGCCAAGGCUGGUAAGGGAUCGGCCACCCUAUCGAUGGCUUUUGCCGGCGCCCACUUCGUAGGUUCCCUGCUCCGCGGUCUUGGAGGUCAGGAGGGCGUGGUCGAGUGCGCCUUUGUAGCCUCGGAAUUAACCAAUGCCCCUUUCCUCGUGAGUCCCUUGGAAUUGGGAAGGGAUGGGAUCCAGCGAUAUCUACCACUUCCCCAGAUGAGCGAUUCCGAGAAAGGGGCUUUGGAAAAACUACUACCUAUACUACGGCAAAAUGCUGAAGAGGGGAUCCAAUUUGCCAAAAAUUAUUUAAAGGAAAAAUCAGCUUCUCCUGUCCCAGCGGCUUUACCUUGAAUGUCACAAUUAAAUAUUUCAAUUAAAAUAUUAUAUUUGUAAUUAUUUAAAAUUAAAAUUUAUUAUUUCAGUA